GACGCGGGUCAGCUGAGCACUGGCGGAAGCGGCCGGCGAGGGCCGGUGGCCGUUGGUGGCCGCCAUGGCCUCCAUCCUGGACGAGUACGAGGAUUCCCUGUACCGCUCCGCCUCCGUGCAGCAGAGCCGCGCCAGCGUGGGCAUCCCGCACUCCGGAUAUGUGAAUGCACGAUUGGAGAAGGAAACACCAAUAUUUAACAAGCAGAGGAUUGAUUUUGCUCCUCCAGAGAAAAUUAACAGCUUAGUGGUCUCCUCUAACCAGCUCUGUAUGAGCCUUGGCAAAGACACCCUUCUCAGGAUUGAUCUCGGGAAGCCAGAUGAACCUAACCAGGUAGAGCUGGGACGCAAAGAUGAAGCCAGAGUCUACAAGAUGUUUUUGGACCACACAGGCUCUCAUCUCCUGAUUGCUCUGAACACCGGUGAAUGCCUUUACCUGAACAGAAGUGUUCAGAAAGUGCGAGCACUCUCCCGCUGGAAAGGCCACUUGAUUGAAAGUGUAGGCUGGAACAAAUUUCUUGGUUCAGAGACCAACACUGGGCCUAUCCUGGUGGGGACAGCCCAGGGGCAGAUCUAUGAGGCUGAAAUCUCGGUCAGCGAGGGAAGCCUCUUCAGCACUAAUCCCGACCAGUACUUCCGACAGGUCCACACUCUGGAGGAAGAGUCAGGACCUGCCCCAGUGUGCUGCUUAGAGAUUGAACGAGGGAUAGAAGGCAAAUUUUUUAUUAUAGCCACCACUCGAAAGAGACUCUUCCAGUUUGUUGGCAAAGUGCCUGAAGGGACAGAGCAGCAAGGCUUCAGCUCCAUAUUUGCUAUGCAUGCUGACCAUCUGCCCAGCUUCCGGGAGUUUCCAGCCAACCUUGGUUUCAGUGAAAUAGCCUUUUACACCCCAAAACUGCGUUCCAACCCACGCUCCUUUGCCUGGAUGAUGGGAAACGGUGUUUUAUACGGUACAUUGGAUUAUAGCCGUCCUGAUUCAAUUUUGAGUGAUGAACGGGUCUGGGUUUACCCUUCUGAUAUUGACAUAACUGUGAACAAGCCAAUAUCCAUUGUACUUACCCAGUUUCACUUCUUGUUGCUGCUGCCUGAUCGGGUGAAGGCUGUCUGCACUCUGAAUGGGCAGGUUGUUUUUCAAGAUCUGUUCCUGGAGAAGUUUGGCUUACUGACACGCAUGAUCAAAGAUCCCACAGUCCAGCAGAUAUGGAUCCACACUGAGAAAGUAGUGUUCCGCUACCACGUCCAGCGGGAAUCUAGAGAUGUGUGGAAGAUGUAUAUGAAUAUGAACAAAUUUGAUUUAGCCAAAGAGUAUUGUAAAGACCGUCCGGAGUGCCUAGAUAUUGUGCUGGCGAAAGAGGCAGAGCACUGCUUCCAAAACAAGAGGUAUAUAGACAGUGCCAAAUGUUACGCGCUGACCCAGAACUACUUUGAGGAAAUUGCCCUUAAGUUCAUUGAAGCCAAGCAAGAAGAGGCCCUGAUGGAAUUCCUGAUUAAGAAGCUAAGUAACCUAAAGCCUUCUGAGAAGACACAGACCACUCUGCUGACCACGUGGUUAACAGAGCUGUACCUGAACUGGCUGGGCAUAUUGGAAGGAGAUCCCUCGCAGCGAAAUCUCUAUUUGGAUACACGGGAGAAGUUUCGCACUUUCCUGAGCAGUCCUAAAAACAAAGACUGUCUAUUUAAUAACCGGGCAUCCAUUUAUGAGCUGUUGGCAAGCCAUGGGGACACAGAGCACAUGGUCUACUUUGCAGUCAUCAUGCAGGACUAUGAACGCGUAGUGGCUCACCACUGCCAGCACGAUGAGUACGAUGAAGCUCUGAAUGUGCUGUCCAGGCACAGAGACGAGAAGCUGUUCUACAAGUUCUCUCCCGUCCUCAUCCAGCAUAUUCCCAAGAAGGUAGUUGAUGCUUGGAUUUCUAUGGGCUCUAGACUGGAUGCCAGGAACCUCAUCCCAGCACUUGUUAACUAUAGCCAGAGCGCCAGCACCCAACAGAUCAAUGAAGCCAUUAGAUACAUGGAAUUCUGUGUCUAUCAGCUGGAGGAAACCCAGCAAGCCAUUCACAACUACCUGUUGUCUCUUUACGCUUUGUGUCGGCCGGACUCGCUGCUCUCAUACCUGGAGCAGGCAGGAACCAACCCAAACAGGAUCCACUAUGACCUGAAGUAUGCAUUGCGCCUGUGUGCAGAGCAUGGGCACCACCACGCGUGUGUCCAUAUUUACAAAGUGAUGGAAUUGUAUGAGGAGGCUGUGGAUCUCGCCUUACAGGUGGAUGUUGAUCUUGCCAAGUCCUGUGCAGAUCUCCCUGAAGAUGAUGAGGAACUCCGGAAGAAGCUCUGGUUGAAGAUUGCUCGCCAUGUUGUUCAGGAAGAGAAGGAUGUCAAAAAGGCAAUGGCCUGCCUCUCCAGCUGUGCCCUGCUGAAGAUUGAAGACGUCCUGCCAUUCUUUCCAGACUUUGUCACUAUUGAUCAUUUCAAGGAGGCAAUCUGUAACUCCCUGGAGGACUACAACAAGCACAUUGAGGAGCUGAAAAGGGAGAUGGAGGAAGCCACACAGAGUGCCAAGAGAAUCCGAGAGGACAUCCAGGAAAUGAGAAAUAAGUAUGGCUCUGUGGAGCCUCAGGAAAAAUGUGCUGCUUGUGACUUUCCACUUCUAAACCGCCCUUUUUACCUUUUCCUGUGUGGUCACAUGUUUCACUAUGACUGUCUCCUCCAAGCAGUUUUCUCAAACCUUCCUGCCUAUAAGCAGGCAAAACUUGAAGAUCUUCAGAAGAAGCUGGUGUCGACCAGUCAGCCUUCCAAGAGCCACCAUCGUCCCAAGGACACAGAUACCAUUAGCUUAGGGAAGGGGCAGCAGAGCCGGGAGCAGAUCAAAGCUGACAUUGAUGAUAUUGUGGCAGCUGAAUGCGUGUACUGUGGCGAGCUGAUGAUCCGGUCCAUUGACAAGCCUUUUAUUGAUCCCCAAAAGUACGAAGAGGAGAUGCAAAGCUGGCUGUAGUUUUCCAAAUCUGCAACUGUCAGUGCACCAGAGUGGUUUUGUUCACAACCUGCAAGGCUUCUGUGGUGGGAGUAUAACCUGCAGAAGCAGGAACACAGUGGCUUCUGUGGAACUCUGAGGAAAGAGUAGUGGGGACUUAUCAGGAUUACAGUGAACUAGUCUUGAAAAAUGGGGAGAUAUAGCUAUGGCUGUCUAAGAACGUGAGCCAAUAGGUAGAGCUAACCUACUGGAGUAUAUUUAGCAGAUGCUUGCUGCUUGCAGUUCUGAGGUUUUUGGUGUGAAGCUAAUGGAGUGCCUUGUUGUCCAAAGGGAAUUGGGAACAGCCUAUGAUUUGUCUUCUCUGUUAUGUGGUCUUUGUUUUGGUGGACACAAGCUUGAAGGGGAAGGUAGUGAAGAACACUAAGCAGUGUAGUCUUCAUUCAUCACUUUCAAAGCUAGAAUUGCCUUCUGUUCCCUUUUUGCUGAGUCUGUAACCACAUACAUGGAAAGAACAUGAAAGGACAAAUGCUUUUGCAUAUGUAUUUUGUAAACAUAAUGCUACACAAAUACAUGUUUCUACACAAUGUAAUAUAAGAAUGUGUAUAAUUCUCAAGCAGGAGUGUCUCAUAAUACGCUUAAGUCAUUUGCCUGCAAUUCAAGGUGUACAACUCUCGCUCCCACAAGCUUUAUGGACAAGCCUGUGCAUUUGAUUUUUCUCUAGGUACUAUUUCUGACAAUGCUUCCUAACCUGUUCACCCCUUCCUCCCGCUCUCAAUCCUAUUUCUACUAUGACUGUCAUUGUAUUGUGGGUCAUGGUUUUGUCUUCACCCCAAACCAAAAUUGAUAUAUGCAGUAGUAAGGUUUCAACUGAUACCCUGCAGGCAGGAACACAGCCUGUUUGUAUUGUCCUGCUGUGGUGCGCUUCAAGCUGCACUUGAGCAUUAGACUAGAGAUCUAGUCAUAUUUUCUCUCAAGGGUUACUGCAGAAAAGUUCUGUCGGUGUGAAAUUUGCUUUGCCAUUUGAUGCCCAUACCUUGUGACCAGGCAGUUUUUUGCCUGCCUUGACAGUAUUUGAUACUUUCUGGAGAGCACUGACUGGGAAAACGCUUCCCAGCAGGUGGCGAUCACUACAUUGUGGGUUAGGGAGCAACACAUUUUCUUUAGAGAUUUAGCAAGUGUUGCUUAUUUUUGAAGUAACUAAAAUUUUAAUUAAGUUCUGCUGUUUGGGGCUGAAUCACAAAGGUAGUAGUUGGCAGAAAAAUUGAAUGAUCUAAAUGAAAAAUGAUGGUUCUUGUAUUUAAGGCAGUAGAAAAUACUGUCUUCUGAAAAACCUCUUCAGUUCUUUCACAUGAAUGCAUGUGCUUGUCUGGAGUACCUCUGUCAAUCUGCUGGUCACUUACCCUGUUCGUAGGGUUGUAGAAAUGGGCCUUCACAUCAUUAAAAGGAAAUAUAAAUUGGUUUCCUCAAGGAGCUGACCUAAGAAUCUUGAUAACUGUUCAGUGCUCCAGAAGAACAUCCAUGCUUUUGUUGGGAGCUUCAGCCUCAAAGGAAUUAAUUUUAUCUGUGUAAAAUGAUAUGAGUAAUAAAAAACAGAGCUGACAGUAGGAAGAUCUGAGGUUUUGAAGUCUUCUUUUCAUUGUUGGAGCCAUGGGAUAGGCAGUCUUGUUACCACCUGCUAGUGUUUGUUGCGGGCUUGUCAGAAACCGCUGCUUCAGUAGUUCCAUUAAGUUCAGAAACCCCACAUGCUGUCAUUUUUUUUGGCUUUGGAUAGCCUUUUGCUUUGAGUAAGUUGAUGGGUCUGCCAGAAGAAUUUUGUGAUGAAAACUAAAUGUGAUGUCUUUUGAAGCUCAUCAUUAAACCAGUUAUAACUGGCCACUCCCGAAUCAUCAUCUUUUCAUGUAAAGAAUGUGAUAUUUAAGGUUGUAUAUGUCAUUAUAAAGCAACAGUAGGCCCCCCCACCCCCAAACCAGUUUCUGAUCAAGGGCAAGUGGCAGUUUUUCUGCCCUUUAGCAGAAACAUAAGUAGCAGCUCAUUCUGAUGCAGGAAGUAAUUUCAAGUUAUUUUCUUUGAGAUGUUCUUAAUACUUGUCCCAUCUCUUUUCUGUUGGGUUUUCACAGGAUGCUUUCCUGGUAUGUUAGAAUUAUUAUAGUCCUCCAUUCUUUUCCUACUAGUGCUACAGGACAGCCACAUCACUAAAUGUUUCUGUUGUGCUCUGAAGGUUAGUGAUAUUAUUUGCUUACAGACCAUUCCAGGAAGAUCUGCUCAUCCAUGCUAUUGGAAGAAGACACACCAAGUAAAUAACUCCAGUCUUUGCCUGAGAUGGGGUGGUCGGGGAAGGCACCUCAAGAACCUGCUGAUUCCAGUCUUAGGUAUUAACAUGUCUCAGUUAACAAAACCAGAACUAGGUGGUUUUUUUUAAUGACUAGUAUGCAACAUUCUCUGAGGGCUGUAGGCUUGUGCACCAGAUAUAUAUACUACAGAUCUCAUGCUUCCUCACUGUUGUUAACUGAAAAAUCUUUCAGGUCAUUCGCUGUCAAGGCUGUGGAGAGUGUUAAUGCCUGCAAAGACUCUAUCAGUGAUUAAAUGACUAGUGCCAGUAGUACAGGAAGCUACAUAAAGAUAUCUUCUGAACUUUCCUUACAUUGUCACAUGCUUCAGAAGUGUCAAUAACUACUCACCUGUGCUUCCUGGCAAUUUUGCAGUAUCAGUGAAAAAGGUAAGAGGGUUUUCUGAGGGGCUGGAGGGAAAUGAGCUGCUUACUGUUCUCCCGUAAAUCUAAUCUGCAAGAUCUCUUCCUCUGCUUUCUGAAUAGCAUUUUUAUCUUUUCUCCUUGUAAUUUCAGCAGUUAUGUUUUAGAAAUCAGUCCUUUGUAUGUUUGUGGUUUUUUUUUGUUUGUUUUUUUUUUUUUUUUUUUUUAAUCUUAAUGAACUGUGUACCAGCUGUUACAAAUGAUGUAGCCUUGGGCCUUGUCCUUGUCUGUGUGAAUAACCUCUACCAUUUAGUUCAAUGCCACUAGAGAACAGUGUAACCAGAAGGGUAUGUGGGAGCCUCAGCCCUAUGUAACCAGAGCAAAUAUCUGUAGCUACAUUUACACUGAAGAAAUUUAGUUGUUCAGGCAAGGCCUAAAGCAAACUUGUGCCUACUACCUCACCUCUGCUAGGCUUCAGGCAAGGGAUUGGGGAAAUGGUGAGAGGCGGGGGAGAUAAUCGUGAGCGUGUGUUACAGAAUAGUUGGUAGAGAGUUUUGGAUGCACUUGCUGUUGGUCUGUGUAGUUGGAAGCAGCUAACUGGAAUCCUGAGAGCUGUGUGUUUUGCCUCCUUUCUAAAAAUAAAUGACUGGGCUGGAAAAUUAGGAAGGCAAAUUCUUAACAAGCCACUAGAUGUCAUUGCUGUCCAUUUAAAUACCGAGGUUUGCUGCAGAGAAGCUAAAGGUGUUCUGUAGCAGAAUGCCAAACAGUGAGGAACUGAAGCAGGUUCCCAGUGCCUUUGCGGGGUGGGGGUGUGUGGAAACAGACCUGUAAGGUAGUUACUGAAGGCAAAGAUGGUAAAAAAUUUGUCUGUAACUAAAAGGCAAUUUCUGUUCACGAAUUACUUUUUUUCAGGUUUUGAAUAUCAAAAGCUGGAUCUACUCUGUUAACAAAUGAGUAUCAGUCCACUUUUGUUUAAUUGCACUCGAGUUCCUACAGACCUAGCUGAUUCAGUGGACUGUAGAGAGAUCAUCGCUGGGCUUGGAGUUGCAAUAUCUGGUGGCCUUGGGUCUGGCUUUUUUUGCUUGUUUCACCCUGUCCCAGCAGCAGAGAUGGUAGAAGUGAAUGUGAUGCAGCUCCUUAGUUGCCUGAGUUCAUCUAGUGUGUUUUGUUAAAAGCACCAGUAAAGCUGGGUUUGUAAUACGAUAUUGGGCACCGACAUGCAUCAACAGGGAAGUUAGUGUGUUUGCUUUUGCCUCUGAGUUGUGGGGUCAUAAUGCCAAUAAAGGGGCAAGUGGGAGUAGGAACAUCUUGUACUUCAUCAAAAUUAGAUGUUAUACUUUGACUCAGACUGUAGUCAUGUAUUAGCAUGUAGUUCUUGGAAUGGGUAGUUCCCAUUCACUACUGCCCUGUCACUGUCAGCGUAUAGACUAUGUUUACAAGUUCAAAUACUUAGCUUUUAGUGAGAAUUCAUAGGAAUUGUUGUUCUUGAUAUCAACUUCAUCCAACAACCCUGUACUGAGCUGUAGGAAGACAGACUGAAAAUGGGCCUCUUCUUUGCAACAAGUGUGCUGAGAUAAAAUUUGAGGUUUGACAUGGAGUUUUGGAUUUUUUUUUAAUUAUUAUUUUUAUUCAGACAGAUUGAGGCUUUUUUUUUCUCCAGAAUAGAUGGAGUACCAUGUGCUUCACUGUAGUAUGUGUAGCGUUUGAGAGAAUCUUAUGGUAUCCUCAAAGCAGCAAGAGACUGGCCAGGAUCUCCUAUCCUUUUUGUACAUGGAGGAAGGAAUGCCCUAGGAAGGAGAAGGAAUGGUGGUUUCUAGAAAAUAAUUUGGCCAAACUUUAUGAAUGUGACUUCAGAGAAGCUUCCCCUUGUGGAACUGCAGUAUUGAUGGAUCUGUACCUUUCACACUGAGGUGCUGAAGAAGAAAAAAAUAAUUUUAUUUGGAAUAGGAAUUUUGGUAAAAUUGAAGAACUUAAAGCUUGAAAGUGGAAUGUUACAGGAGUGCUUUAAAUUUGCAGUGGGUUGUGUAUGGGUUCAGCUCCUAAAUUAACUGCUGCCCAUGAUUGUGCCCAGUCCAGAAUUUUCACCUUAUGAGCUCCCUAGGAUUUGAGCUUCAUGCCCUUACUGUGAUUUUGGAGACUCAUCAUACUUCCCCCUCAAUUCAGUGUUUGGAUUUUUUCACUCCAGAUCUCAUGGAAAGGCAUCAGUCUACUUAUUUGAGGUAUGAGCUUUAAAGCAACCUGGCCUGCAGCUGCUUUCAGGUGGAAGGAGAGGAAAAAGAUUAAAUGAACUUGUUUGUUAGAUCUACAUGUUGAAACUGGUUGGGAUGGAGGGAAAAAGGGGCUCAGGCAUUUCCUUUCUGUAAUGGCCAAAGGUAUUGGAGGCAGCUUGUUUGAGUAAGACUGGUUGCUUAGGAACAGGGAAGCUACAGGAGCACUCUAAGGUUACAAGUACAGCUAUAACUGAUCCUACAGACUCCCUUUGUCAUUGUGGGGCAGCUCAGCAGAGGAUAGUUUCCAACCUGCAGCGUCAGUAUUAGAUUCAGACUGGCUGCAGUGCUUCACGGCCCCUACGAUGAUGGUUGUGGAGCUGUUUUAAUUCAGCACAUAUGCUGCAGACCUCGGUUGGUGUGGGAAUAAGCACAGUUGAUGAGUCUGUACAACAUCAAGCUGUCUCACUGCACAGGGAUUUCCAUCGUACGCUUCCAAACACCCCAUAAAUACCCUUGUUUUAUAAAGUGGCAUACAGGCAUUUCCCUACUUUGCAGGGCUUCGCAUGUUCCUGCUAUGUUAUGUUGGUUGUAGGCUGUGUUGUCUUCAGAAGGGGAUUUGAUCCAGCCUUUUGUUUGUUUAGCAUGGAGCUUCUUUGCUUCAUCUGUAACCGAGUAUGCUACUGGUAGAGGUUUUUGCAAUGAAAGUGUUCAGGAGAAGAUGAACCAUAGCCUACCCCUCAUUUCAUGCUCCAUAUUGAAUGUUUCAUUGUGGGUGGUAGCUUAUAUGAAAAGGAUUGAACAACUGGUUUGGAAUCCAAAGGCAGGUAUUCUCCACUUCAUGCAAUUGCAACCCAAGUGCUGGUCACUUGGCAUGGGACAUGAUCUUCGGAACACAGCUUGAACUUGGAGGCUGCUGGACUCCGUUUAAGCAGACAUCUGUGUUUUCCAAUUAGUCAGUUAUUCAACAGUCUUUUUUCAUCUCUUUGCGUGUACACAGGGAAUAGAUUUUCUAAUAAAUAAUUACUGUGGAACUGGGUUCAUAAGUUGUUCCUGUCUAUAGAUUCUCUUUUAUUUUCCCACAUUUAUUAAAAACAAGGUACACAGUGUGGUUUUCUCUGAGAGUAGAUCCGUUGUGUUUUAAUCUCUCAUGUUUCAGCUCUGUUCCUCUUUUCACACACAAGGGGUUGUAUAUUGGGCCAAUGCCUUUGGAUGAAUUAGGAAUGUCACAGAUGAAGAGGAACAUGAGGAGGAACAUUAGGACUUUUCUCUACAGACUCUACAUGACAAUUAUUAGCAGCUGCCCCAGCUGUUUUUGAUGGCUGCUACGUGUUUUUCACCCCCUGAACAAGGUACUUAUUCUCUGGGAAGAGCCUGUGAAGGUACGGGUAGUCAAAAAUUGUUGGUCUUUGGCUAAUUAACAAGGUUCUAGCAAAAUAGCUGUUGUCCAAUUUUUCUUGUAAUAGUUAUCAAGAUAACAUAUGUAUAGCUGAUCUAAAUAAAGCAAUAUUCCAUGUGUAGCUGAA